AAGAAAAAUGUGUUGGUGUGAUAAAGAAAAUAGAGUUGACGCGGAAAAAGAGAAUAGCAGAGGAGAGAGAAAAAAUAAAAUGUCAAUGAGAGGAAUCGGAGGGCCACUUCUAUGCAUAGGAGAUCUCCUGAACGACGUCGGAGAAGAACAACAAGGACACUCUCUCCGUCACGAAGCUUUGCCCACUCUCUUCUCUUCCAAUCUCAACGAUAACGAUCCACCUCCUCACCUCCCCACACUCUUCCAGGAACACUACGAUCACUUGAAUUCGGCUCUCUCCGGCACCGACCACUCCUGGACUUCUCUCACUUUGAAGUUAUGCACUUCCUUAGAAACUGCUAAUCAGUUGGUUCAGUCGACCAACUCAAAUGUUGCAUCCUUGUCUGAGAAGGUUGAGGAACUACAGAAAAUUGUUAAGAGAGGGGAUUCUGCGAUAGCAGCAGCGAAGGCUCUUUAUUAUGUUACCCCUGACAAUCACAGUAGUGCCUCAAAGUGAAACAAGGUUGGGGAUGGAAACAUUGAUUUAGCAUCAUUCCAUGUUUAAGAAAACGAGGUUUUAAAAUAUUCUUCUAUUGCAGUGUGCCAAGCAAAUUAAUGGUUGUGCUUAGCGAAUUUGGACAAAGUGUCUGUGAGGUGGGAGUAUGAAACUCUAAAAAACUGAGUAAUUGUCUCAUAGUGAGAUAGUUUCGAGUUUUGAAGAGAAAUAGAAGGAAGAUAUAUUCGUAAAAGAUUAUGCUAAAGUCAUUAAAGAGUAUUCUUCGAGUACCUGUGUAAUUCGGACUGAGUAUGUAAAAUCGUGUAUUUAGAAGUUAUAUUGGUGACUAGUCCACCCUAAUUGAAUAUUAUAAAAAUUGUAUUAUUUUCUAAAGAUAUGGACAAAUUGUUCUCAGAGAUAAAAAACAUUAUAUUAGCAUUCACUUACCUUU